GGAAAAGGAUGAUUUCUGCCACUUUUGUUCUUUUUGGAUAACCUUUGCCCGUUCAACAACCCCCGAAUAACCGAAGAGGGUGAGAGCGGUGGAGAAGGUCGAUUGCACUGGGGGGAGAGCAGGUCACAGAGGGCGACCUGCAGCCACACCGACUGAUCGAAGCGGGCUCUGGUCGCAGUCAGCUGAUUCAUCACGUGAUCCUGGAAUCAUGGCGAUGCCCAUCGUCCGGGUUUCGGCAGCCGGGCUUUUAAUUUACUUCUCCCCCGCGCUGAUCGCCCUGUCGCUGGGAUUGAACCAGUCACCCGAAGUCACCGGGGGUGCCGGGUCCCGCACCGGCUGCGGCUGCCGAUCCGGCUCCACCAGUCGCCCGGAGGCCGCCGGUCCUUUCCCCGAGGCUCUGAGCGACAGCAGCUCAUUGGUCAAACGGGCAGCUGUCAAGUACUCCAAGGAAGCCAAUGUUGAGGGUCAAGAGACAGCACAGGGUUGUGGCCCACACUCAAAAAGGCGUACCAAUCAGAUGGUGCUGAUACCAGGUGGAGUGUUCACCAUGGGAACAAAUGAUCCUGAGAUACCUCAGGAUGGAGAGGGCCCAGCCAGAAAAGUACACGUUAAGCAGUUCUAUAUGGAUAUGUAUGAAGUCACCAAUGCCGAAUUUGAAAGAUUUAUCAAAGCUACUGACUACAUCACAGAGGCAGAAACAUUUGGAGACUCCUUUGUGUUUGAGGGACUGCUGAGCGAAAAGGUGAAGAGCAGCAUUACCCAGGCUGUUGCUGCAGCACCAUGGUGGCUCCCUGUUAAAGAUGCCAGCUGGAAACAUCCGGAAGGUCCUGACUCCAACAUUACGAAGAGGAUGGAUCACCCAGUUGUGCACAUCUCCUGGCACAAUGCAGUGGCUUACUGCACCUGGGCAGGUAAACGGCUGCCCACUGAAACUGAAUGGGAAUAUGCCUGCAGAGGUGGACUUGAGAACAGACUCUUCCCAUGGGGGAACAAACUGCAUCCUAAAGGCCAGCACUACAUGAACAUCUGGCAGGGAGACUUCCCUCACCACAACACAGCAGAUGAUGGAUAUGCCAACACUGCCCCUGUCACCACCUUUCCUCCCAAUGGUUAUGGUCUCUUCAAUAUGGUAGGGAAUGUCUGGGAGUGGACAUCAGACUGGUGGAAUGUACACCACACCACAGAUGAAGUAGAUAAUCCUACGGGACCUGCUUCAGGGAAAGACAAGGUGAAGAAGGGCGGAUCCUACAUGUGCCACAAGUCCUAUUGCUAUAGAUACCGCUGUGCUGCUCGAAGUCAGAACACGCCUGACAGCUCUGCCUCCAAUCUGGGUUUCCGCUGUGCUGCCGAUGUUCUGCCAGACUACCUGAAGUGAAGCAGGUUCCUGAAGAACUGUCUGGAACUCAAAGACCAAACUGAAGGAAUAGCUCUCCCAGAAAUGAAAAUGCACAAGAUACAUGUCAAGUGGACUUGCCUUUAAAGAAGCCAGCAGCUAAAACUUACUGGAUGACCAUUCAACUGAUUAUAUCCCAACCAUUGAUCUUUCUGAUUAGAUGUUUUAAAUUUAAAGUUACAAUACAGUAAGGCUAAUAAAGUUUGUCACCAGUUUCACCGGCACUGCAACCCUCUCAAGUAGGAUUCUGCCUUUAUUAAUGCACCACUAAAAUUAAUCCUCUUGUUCAGAAAAAUGAUCAUACAUCACAAUAUGGAAUAACACAGUAAAUUAAUUUUGAACCAUUUUUUGCCCAAACUUUUAUGAUACGAUAUCUUUAUUAGUCACAUGUACACACAGUUGGUGAUAGAGGCAAAGAUUCUUCAUUUCACCCCGAUAUCAAAUGGUCCAGUGGAGAUUUGUUGGUUUUCUUGAUGGUUUUACAACUGGUAAAUCUAAAUCACACAAGAUUAGAUCUGAUGUACUGCCCUUAGCAUGUCUCAAAGCAUCUCCCAACCGAAGAAUACUUUUUAAGUGUAGUCACUUAUGAUGCAGAAAAAAUAAGAGCCAAUUUGCACACAGAAGGAUCACAAAGGUGGCAGUGUUUGUUGAAGAAUUACUAUAAGCUCAACUUUGCUGCUUCUUGUCAGAUCUUUCACAUCCACCAGAGGGGACACACCAAUUUGGUUCAAUGUGUAAAUCUAAAAGCUAGCACCAGUAAUCCUUUGCUGAACCAGCUAGAUUAUGUGUCCAAGUCUGGAUGGUAAAACGCAUGUUCUUUGAUUAUGAGGUGAGUGUUCCAGCACUGAGCCAAGGGUGAUGAUGGUCAAGGUGCUGUGGAGCUGCAAGUUCCUAACCUCAGCAUAGUUCACAAACCUCAGGCAACAAGGGUAAAAAUAUGCCAAGAGUCAUGUCCUCACGAGGUGUUUAGGGCAUAGUUUUAAAAUUCAACAAAGUUGUAACCAAUAAAGAUGGUUGCUUAUGAAAAAAAGGAAACGAGUGUCUCUCUUAAAGUAUCAGUUUCAACACAAUCAUUUGAAGAGAAGCAAGAGUAGUUCCUAGUUACCCUCUUUAAUAUUCUUCAUGGAUAGCUUUAUAAUAAAAUGGGUAAUUAUGGUACAUCAGAAAUUGAGGUUCAAUGACAAAUUUAUAAGUACUAUUAAUACUACAGUAGAGAGUCCCUAAUAUGACCACAUACUAGCUAUUGUUAACAUUUAAUUUCUGUUUACUCUUUUGUAAAAUGUAUCAUGUGCUUUUAUCUAUUGGGAACUAGGUUUCAUAACAUUAAAGAUUAAAUCAUUCAU